GACACAACAUGGCGGCCGGAUCCUAACGCUCUCCAACGAGGGACCACCGCAGAUGUCUGAGUUCGGGACCCUGCCUCAGAGGAGUGGAAGUCGGGGGCCACCCUCUCUGCCCUUUCUUCUCCGUGCAGUGUCGGCAAGGGGUCGUCGUCUUCUCACCCGGGAUGCAGAACUACAGAGCAAUUGGCAAGAUAGGAGAGGGAACAUUUUCUGAAGUUAUGAAGGUGCAGAGCCUGAGAGAUGGAAACUACUAUGCGUGUAAACAAAUGAAACAGCACUUUGAAAGUAUUGAGCAAGUGAACAGCCUACGGGAGGUACAAGCACUGAGGCGCCUGAGUCCACACCCAAACAUCCUCACAUUGCAUGAAGUGGUUUUUGACAGAAAAUCUGGUUCUCUUGCACUAAUAUGUGAACUUAUGGACAUGAAUAUUUAUGAGCUAAUACAAGGGAGAAGACAGCGAUUAUCGGGGAAAAAAAUCAUGCACUAUAUGUACCAGUUAUGUAAAUCCCUUGACCAUAUGCACAGAAAUGGAAUAUUUCACAGAGAUGUAAAACCAGAAAAUAUAUUAAUAAAGCAGGAUGUCCUGAAGUUGGGGGACUUCGGGUCGUGCCGGAGUGUCUAUUCCAAGCAGCCAUACACAGAGUACAUCUCCACCCGCUGGUACCGGGCCCCAGAGUGCCUCCUGACUGACGGGUUCUACACUUACAAGAUGGACCUGUGGAGCGCUGGCUGUGUGCUCUACGAGAUCAGCAGUCUGCAGCCUCUCUUCCCUGGAGCCAGUGAGCUGGACCAGAUCUCAAAGAUCCACGACGUCAUUGGCACACCUGCUGAGAAGACCCUCACCAAGUUCAAACAGUCGAGAGCUAUGAGUUUUGAUUUUCCUUUUAAAAAGGGAUCAGGAAUACCCCUACUGACAGACAACUUGUCCCCGCAAUGCCUCUCCCUCCUGCACGCAAUGGUGGCCUAUGAUCCCGAUGACAGAAUCACUGCCCACCAGGCCCUGCAGCAUCCCUACUUCCAGGAGCAGAGGGCAGCUGAAAGGCAGGCUCUGGGCGGCCGCAGAAAAGCUUUCCUCCCAGGGCGCCCUGUGGCGUCCGAACUGCAGAACAACUGCCCGGUUUGGAACGACGGCGGAACGCAGCCCCUAAAGCAAGAGGCCCUGACCAGGAGACCAGGACCGGCCUACCUAAAGGAACUGCCCAAACUUAAGCUUUCGGGGGUGACUAAACUGUCCGCGUACUCCAGCCCGGCGCCGCAGUCCGUGUUCGGACCCGGAGGGAACGGGCAGGCCCCGGGGCCGAGACCCCUGCAGUGUGCUGGCACAAAGCAGAAGGCAGAUAUGCAGAAAGACAUAAAGCCUAACCUGAAACAGUGUCGCCUGCCCACGCUGGAAAGGAAGGGCGGAGGAUGCUGAGCCCCACGCCCCCUCACCUGCCGCAGCUCGAGCCCGGCCGGCCCGGCGUAUGGCGUCUAAGGCGGGGAUGCGCUCCAGGGAGAGGCCUGGUGUCCCAGCGCGCUGCCCCGCAGACCAGGCACGCCCACUUGACCUGCAGCCACGAGCCCACGGGUACUUGCUCCCCGAGAGCAGCUCUGCUGUCUGCACCGGUCAAAUACAUUUGUAAGACCACCUCAUUCUGGGGUUUUAUUUCAUUUUCAUAACCUAAGAAUUUGGGGCAGGGAAUAGUUUGUAAUUUUGUAUAUGAAUCAGAACAGAAAUUAGAAUUUACAUUAUGUAUUAUUUAGACGUGGUUUCCCUGUGGGCCCUGCAUGCUGUGCUUUUACUACAUUGCCAGUUGCAGCUUACAAAUGCUGCUGUUGGAGCCCCUGGUUUCUAUUAAAGAAUAAGCUAACAGUCACACUA